GGAGGACGGGAAGCGAUAAGGAAUUGCCGCAUCAAGCUGGAAUCGACGCUCGUCUGUUUUCGCCUCAACUCGGACUUUGUUUAUUGUAAUAUUUUUCCAAUAAUGUAUUAAAUAUUUUCCAGGUUGGAGCGUAACGUCCAAAUAUGAUAAUGGACAUUUUGACUGGGAAGAAGGUUCACGUCGUAAAAGUCAAUUACGAAGAAGAAUGUCUGGGACCGCUAGCUAGCCGACGUUAGCAUUGAGGAUGGCAGACAUUGGGGGACGCUAACGCUGUCAGCCCCUUGCAAUGACUCAAAACCCGGGUCUUUUUCUUUUGAAAGCCCCUGUGGAACUAUAGCGUGUGCCUUUAUCUACCUCCGAACCGCGGUGGUUCUGCUGACAGGAUGAGGAACUGUGAGUAUCAGCAGAUUGACCCGCUGGCUCUGUCGGUAUCGCCCGCUUCGGCACAGAACCAUACCGACAAGAAAGCAGAACGUCUGCGAAGAAAAUGGGAAGUGUUCCCAGGAAAGAACCGAUUUUUCUGCGACGGGCGUAUCAUCUUAGCCAGACAGAGCGGCGUCCUCCCUCUGACCCUGGGUCUUAUCAUUAUCACCUGUGGCCUUUUUUUUGCUUUCGAUUGCCCAUUUCUGGUGGAGCAUCUAACCGUCUUCAUACCAGUGAUUGGAGGGGUGCUUUUUGUGUUUGUGGUCUUCUCCUUGCUGAGAACCAGCUUCACAGACCCAGGUAUCCUACCCAGGGCCACCCCAGACGAAGCUGCAGACAUAGAGAAGCAGAUAGAUACCUCAGGAUCCUCCACGUAUCGCCCUCCUCCACGGACUAAGGAGAUCCUCAUCAACCAGCAAGUGGUCAAGCUCAAGUACUGCUUUACUUGUAAAAUGUUCCGCCCUCCUCGGACCUCACACUGCAGCCUUUGUGACAACUGUGUGGAGAGGUUCGAUCAUCACUGCCCAUGGGUGGGCAACUGUGUAGGCAAGCGCAAUUACCGCUUUUUCUACAGUUUCAUCAUCUCUCUUUCUUUCCUGACGUCCUUCAUAUUUGGCUGUGUCAUAGCACAUAUUACCCUGCGUUCUCAAUCGGGUCAAAGCCUUAUCCAAUUCAUCCAGGAAAGCCCUGCCAGUGUGGUGGAGCUAGUCAUUUGUUUCUUCUCCAUCUGGUCUAUUCUUGGACUCUCAGGCUUCCAUACCUACCUUGUAGCCUCUAAUCUCACAACAAAUGAGGAUAUUAAGGGCUCAUGGUCAAGUAAAAGAGGUGCAGAGGAGUCUGGGAACCCGUACACCUACAACAGUAUCCUAGCCAACUGCUGUGUGACGUUAUGUGGACCCAUGCCUCCAAGUCUGAUUGACAGGAGAGGCUUCCUGCCACCUGAGGAAUCCGUCCCUGCUGCUUCUGCCUCAGAGAUCGAGCUGCCUUCCUUUGCAGCCAAGAAUGACACACACAUGUGCACACAGAGGACUAAGGACGUACUCGAGAGGGUGCUCCACUUCUCUGAUUUUCACGGCCUCUGCCUUCCUGGUACCCCCAAAACUACCCCACUGGGCCUGGAGGUUUCCAACUCGGCAGCCGCCGCCCCUGAGUCGUCACUCACACUGGGGUGUUCACGAAAGCCCCCGGUCAAGCCUUGCUCUCUGUUCACUGGGAGCAUCACGAGCGACUCGAUGCACUCCAUCAACCCGGCGUUCCGUUUGGCGUCACCUUCGCCCUCACUUGGUCGCGCCCCAUUGAUUGUCGGUGGGACACCUGACGUCGGGUUUAUCCCGCUACCGUGAGGGUACCCAUCUUACUUUGGAGGACUAAUAGGGGCUUUCUCACAAGCGCUCCUGUUGUGUUUGUUACUUCCCUAUAGAAUUUAGUAAAAGCACAAUAUUAAUUUACUGAUCAAGACACUCCACACAUGCUUUUUACAGAACCACAAGCCAUAGAGUCAGGUCAGCUGCAGUGUUUCAUUUCCUGCUCACAUUUUAUGCAAACAAGUCCUCAAAUCUGUGAACAAGUCAGCUGGAUAGCAGUUAUUGACUUACAGUGAAGUGGCAGGUCAGAUCAGUGGUUCCCAGCCUUUUUGACCACUUACACAUUUGAAUAUCUUGUCAAAUCUCCUGGUGUACGACCCUUUACCUCUACUUGUCACGGUGGUUGGGAACCCCUGCUUUAGCUGGACAACUAGACGUAUAGAAUUGGAGGUUAAGAUGCAGCUUCUUAUUUUUUUUUUGGUCAUGAAAUCUGUAAAUAUUUUUGUGUUUUUGUCAUCUGUGCUGCAUGUUAUGCGCAUUAUGGAAUCAUUGUCCGAUGACAAAUGUAAUUACUUGAUAGGUUUGCAGACCGUGUCCUCGUAGGAUACGAUAAUAGGAGGCAGUUUAAACACGGCCAGAAUGAGCCAUAUGUGAAUUUGUUCAAUUGCAGAGCCCCCGUUUUUGAUAUUCCACUUGAAUGUGACCUGCAAACUCACAAACAUGUGUUGUAGUUCAGACUACACACAUUACUCAAGGCUUAAGCAUGACUCACAACUAGUGGUGGAAUUCACAAUAACACGAUGGUAUUUUUCCAACAAUAUUAAUACUAGUCAUGAUACAGCGAUUGCGUGAUAAUCAAUAUAUUGGCAAAAAAACAUUACUUAUAGGAAGCCUGGCAAGGGAACUUAAAGGGAACUUAAAAAGUCAGAUUUAUAAUAAUGUGACUACAGACUGCGAUAAUGUCUAUUUGAUUCAGUAAUUGUGUGCUAAUCGAUAUAUUGGUGAAAAAGCAUCUGUGAUAGUUGUCUAACUUAAGGGAAACUUAUAGAAACAAAUGCUUUGCACAUUAAACGUACAAAACAUUAGUUACAUACAAAAAUGAACUUUUUCAUGAAUCUAAAAUCCAAUGAAAAGCUUGUAGGUCUAAUUACAUUUUGUUAUUAUGACGUAUCACCUUAUUCCUUUAUGCAUGCAGUGGUGAAAGGGUGGCAAGGUGAUUUGGGGAUGGACGUUAUAUAAAGUGAAAUACAGUGGAACCUUGGUUAGCGUCAUUCAUUCGUUCCAGAAGGACUGACUCUAACCAAAACGCGUGUUAACCAAAUCAAUUUUUCCCUAAAGAAGUAAUGUAAAUCCAUUUAAUCCAUUCCAGAAAGCCAAAAAUGUUAACACAAAAGACAUUUUUAUAGUAUUACAAUUACUUUUAUGUGUAGAAAGCAAUUCGAAAUGCAUGUGAAUAUAUAUAAAUGAUAAAUGAAAGGUGUAAAAGAACAUUUAAGGUUACUUUUACCUUCAUGGAAGGUGUGAUUCUUGAUAUAACCGAAAACAGGAAGGUGGCGAUGGUUGAUCUUGCUGCCACAUCUUGUCUUGAACAGUCAUGUCUUCAAUUAAGGUAAAAAUAACCUUAAAUGUUCAAUCAUCCCCUUCAUUCGUCAUUUAUAUGCAUUUAGAAUUGUUUUAUGCAUGUAAAACUAUACUGUAAUUGUAAAACUGUAAAACGUGUUUUUUGUUAACAUUUUUGAGAGUGAACUGCUGAUGAUGUCAUAGACGGGCGACGUUACUUCUGUCUUUGGUUGCCAUUUUGUUAGCUAGUAGGAUGCUAUCAAGGAACGAUGUUUUGUGAUGAAAAAAAAAGAUGAAGAAAACAGUUGAACUCACGCAGUGUAUUAAUAACACGAGAAGAUGCCCACCAUAAUGGAUGCAAACUGAGGCAAAUUGUAGCGUACAUUUUCGGACACUAACCGAGGUUCCAUUGCAUAUCAUAAUGUGACAUCAGAAUGCGACAGUAUCGAUAUUUGAUCUAGUUGUAUGAGAUAUCACGAUAAUAUAUCACAAUAUUGCUAGUUUGUCCUGCUCUACUCUCAACAUGGUAGGGCGUUAAUUAGAAUGUUUGCUAUGCUGUUGCAUUAAAUUUUUAUUUAAAAGUCUUAAGUCAAACUCGUGUCAGGCCUCUGGUCCUUGUAAAACGACGUUUAUUGGUGAGUCAGUUUCCUGUUCAGCUCUGGUUUCACAGCCUCUGUUUUCUUUGCCUCAGGGUGCAAUGACAGCUUGACGUUAAAGUGCAGGUUUCAAUUGUUUCACAGCAACUAUGUUUUAGGAAUGUGAUGAGACGACAUCGUCACCUGUCAUUUUAAUGUCUUUUCCUGUUUUGCUGGUUGAAACGUGACCUGGUGAGACUUUAAUUAUUGCCACUAGGGGGCAGGCUGUGAACUUGCAGUCGAGUUAGACGGCAGCUCUUCAGCUGCAAAAGUAGAUCUAAAAGGCCUUUUGGUGUUGUAUUCUUUUGUAAGUGGGCAUUAAUGCGGCACAUAGAUUUUGACUGUCUGCGUUGUGUAGACAAAUACGAGCAGUGCUUGUAUGAACAAACAUAUUAGUGUUUGUAGGAUGUCACAGUGGAGCUGUAACGUUCAAUAAAACGAUGACUUUGCUGA